AUGGAAGAGCUAGAGGCAUUUUUCCAGGAACUCAAUGACACAUAUGGGACAGAAAACUCAGCAGCACCAGAGGCAGAACUCUGUGCACCCCUGACUGCCCGUGAAGAGGACAGCCAAAAGGAAUCCAUGCAGAACCAGAAACCCACAACUGAAGAUCUAGUUCAGUUAUCAGGCAACAGCAAAGAUGCUUCCAUGACAUCUUACUUUCUGACACUUGAGGACAUUGAGGAGUUUCUUCAGGAGGUCAAUGAGACAUAUAAAACAAGAAGCCCAGCUGCACCAGAGUCAGAGGUCUGUGUACCUCUGACUGCCCAUGAUGAGGUCAGCCAAAAGGAGUCCCUGCAGAAGCAGGUGACCUCCUUUGAUGAGAGAAACCCUCCCAUUCUCAUCCCUGCCAAGAAAGCCCAGACUCUUCCACCUUGUCGUGACUCUCAGUUGAUGGAUGUCACUGACACUCCAAAGACAUUCAUCACUGAUUGUCAAGCAACAGCCGUUAAUGCAAACAAGUUGACAAUCCCCAGUGAGGGUAGCCAGAUGAAGAUGCUCAAUGAUGACCAGAUGACCUUCAGUGGGGUCCAAACUACCUAUACGGGUCAGAUGAAGAAACUCAAUGAUGAAAACACUCCCCACCGAGUCUAUAUGACGCCACUUUCCUCAGCAUCAUUGCUAUAUGCUAGAAUUCUGUAUGUUGCCAGUUCUCAUUUGACCCAAGGACAACCUGCAGAAAUGCAGAAGUGGAAUCCCAAGAUUCAGAGGUGUCCAUUGCAGAAGAGGCCUGACAUUUUGAGGCCCUACAUCUGCACCUAUAACUGUGGGAAAGCGUAUGCCAAAUCUUCCCAUCUGCGAAUCCACGAGCGUGUGCACACAGCUGAAGGAGGAUCCGUACGAAAGAACGCCCUCCCUCCCUCUGAGGCAGGCUUCCAAGGCUCUAUAAAAGGCCAGGUGCUCCAGCCAGCAGCCCAGUCCCGGCAACUCUCGACCUACUACACUGAGGUCCCUGAGCACAUGAUGGAUGCAUUGAUGGAUUUCACAACUGAAGACCAAGUUCAUUGGUCAGGCAAUAGCAAAGAGGCUUCAAGAGACUCUUACCUUGAAGCAAUAGAAGAACUUGAGGAAUUUUUACAGAAACUUGAUGAGACAUAUGGGACAAGAAGCCCAGCUGCACCUGAGCCAAAACUCUAUGUACCUCUGACUGCCCAUGAAGAGGACAGCCAAAAGGAAUCCAUGCAGAACCAGAAACCCACGGCUGAAGAUCUAGUUCAGUUACCAGGCACCAGCAAAGAGGCUUCCAUGACUUCUUUCUUUGUGACACUUGAGGACAUUGAGGAGUUUCUUCAGGAGAUCAAUGAGAUACAUGAGGCAAAAACCCCAGCUGCACCAGAGUCAGAGCUCUGUGUACCUCUGACUGCCCAUGAUGAGGUCAGCCAAAUGGAGUCCAUGCAGAGCCAGGUGACCUCUUUUGAUAAGAGAAACCCAACAGGAGCGUCCCAGUUGAUGGAUAUCACUGACACCCCAAUGACAUUUAUCACUGAUUGUCAAGUAACAGCUGUUAAUGCCAACAAGAGGACAAUCCCCAAUGAGGGUAGUGAGGUGAAGACCCUCAAUGAUGACCAGAGCCUGUGUGGAGGCCAGAUGACCAUCAGUGGGGAUCAGACCCUCUAUGGGGGUCAGAUGAAGAGCCCCACUGUAUGCCAGAGUCUCAGUGGAACCCAGAUGACCUUCACUGCAGACAAGACCAUCUAUGGGAAUCAGAUGAAGACCAUGGAUGAAUACCAGAUCCUCAGGGUAGAAAAGAUGACCUUCAGUGGGGACCAGACUCUCUAUGGGGAUCAGAUGAAGACAGUCAAUGAUGACACUCUCCAUGGAGUACAUAUAAUGCCACAAUCCUCAUCAUCAUUGUCAUAUCCUAGAAUUCUGGAUGUUUCCAGUUCUCAUUUGACCCAAGGACAACCUGCAGAAAUGCAGAAGUGGAAUCCUGAGAUUCAGAGGUGUCCAUUGCAGAAGAGGCCUGACAUUUUGAGGCCCUACAUCUGCACCUAUAACUGUGGGAAAGCGUAUGCCAAAUCUUCCCAUCUGCGAAUCCACGAGCGUGUGCACACAGGAGAGAAGCCCUAUAAAUGUAACGUGAAUGGAUGCACAUGGGCAUUCUCCCGUUCGGAUGAGCUCAGCAGACACAAGAAAAGGCACACCAGGGAGCGGCCAUACCUGUGUACUAUAUGCGACAAAGACUUUGCCAGAUCUGAUCACUUAAAGCAACAUCAGAGAGUCCACAGAUGA